GAUUUAUAAAAAAGACCAACCUUGACAACGAAUCUAUCUACUUCGCAACGAGCGCACCGUCAGCUCUUUGGCGCUUCAGCUGGCUUUUGCUGUUCAUUCCUUUCCACAUACCGAAGGCGGUGCGCAACAGAAAAGGGAGAAGAAGAGACCAGCAGCCAUGUCCGCAUGGAGAGGGCUAUGCCGCCAUGCUUUACAAUCGCUACCACAGAGCACCGGUCAGGGUCUCUCGGCUGGACGAUAUGCGCAGCUGAAGAGUAUAUCGAGGCAGAGCAGGCUGCUGUCUACAAGGCCAGACGGAUGGCAUCGAACUUUCCCGCCGGUCCCACGGUCAUCGAGAGCUCAGCUUUCGCACGGCUCCUCCAUAGCUAGGCGAGCAUUCUCGUCGACUUCAAAGCUGCUACAUGGCCACAUUACACCUCCAAAGCCUGGUGAAGAGAUCAAGGUCACUUUCAUUGAUAAAGACGGAGAUCGACAUGACUUUGAAGUCGCAGAGGGAGAUAAUUUACUUGACAUAGCGCAGGCGAACGAUCUUGAGAUGGAAGGCGCUUGCGGAGGCUCAUGCGCCUGCUCUACGUGCCAUGUAAUCGUUGAGAGUUCUGACAUGUACGAUAAGAUGCCAGAACCUGAUGAUGACGAGAACGAUAUGCUGGAUCUGGCAUUCGGAUUGACUGAGACGUCACGGUUAGGAUGCCAGGUGAAGAUGACUCCGGAGCUAAACGGCCUCGUUGUCACACUGCCCAGCAUGACUCGAAACUUGCAAGCUAGCGACUUUGCAGAGAAGAAAUGA